AUGGGGCACGGGACUCUUCCAACUCCCUGCGAGGGUUACCGCUCUCCCUCGAAUUAUUCUUCCUCUCGUCGUGUUUCUGAAGUACAUGCGUCAUGCUCUCUUGUUCCAGAGUCCUCUGCUCACGCUCCCCUGCACCCACCACUCCCUCUGCCUGCGGAAGUCGCCGACGGACUCUCCGUCGAGAGCUCCGCAUGUGAUGAAAGCGCGAGCAGACCUGCGCCUGGGGGCGAAGCCAACGGAGAGGAUUUUCGGGACGUCUACGCCCCCGCGAAGGCAGACGAGCCGGCGGAAUCUCUGCCUGCCGAGGGCGUAGACGCGCCAAACGGCUCGGAUCCUCCCCCCUGCCCGAGCUGUACGUACACUCGCCCUCGUCGUCUCUCGUCCGCUGAACAGCUCUCUGAGCUCCUGCCUGCGGAGACGCCCAAGUCUCCCAGCUACUACAGGGAGAUUCAGCUUCAUCCUCUCUCUCCCCGCGCUUCUCCGUCUGCGUCCGCUUGCGUCUCCUCUGCGGAUGCGCUGCUGUCUGUCUCCUUCGCCUCUGCGCCUUCACGCGUUUCCGUGGACGCCCUGCGAGCGUCGCCCGCUGCGUCCCUCACGCCUCUCGGCCAGCGUCUUGAUCCCGCGGGAGAGAUGCAUGAGCGCUCCACGGCCGCCUUCGGGGCCAGGAACUGCGUCCUGCGGCCGCCGGCGCACCUGUCCCGUGGCGUGUUGAAGGCCGACGAACACGCCGAGCAAACCGACGCGCGCCGUCCCCCACCCGGCGUGGAGCAUCCUGCCGACGAUGAAGGCCACGAGGCAUCUGAGCGCAGGCGCAAUGAACGAGAGGGCCAUGGACGAGGCGCCGCACCCCGCCCGCUGUCCCCGUCGCGCGUCGCCACGCUCGUCUCGCCGGCCGCCGCGACCGCAUGCAGCCCGACGCCCUCAGGCGCGGGGCCUCGCGAGGAAGGCACGGACUCGCAGAUUCAGACGCAGACAGGAUGGAGAGAGCAGGCGCCUCCGCUCUUCCGCGAAGAAUACCUCCACACCGCGCCCGCCCGAUUUGACGACGAAGAAGUAGUGUUGAGGAAGGCCGAACGGGUCAUAAUGCAGCAGCGCAGCCGCCUGGAGCAGCUCUCUUCGCUUUUGCUUCGCAGUGAAAACGAGAAAGUCGCCGCGCACCGCGCUGCCCAGGAGGAAAUUGGCAGGUACGUGGAGGAGAACCGCAAGCUCCGUCUGCACCUGGAUGCGGCGAACGGCGAAGUCGCUGCGAUGGGCACUGUCACGGCCAAGCACGAAAAGAUGCUUGACCAGCUCACCACGACGCUGGCCGCUGCGGAGAAAGGCAUCAGCGACAGGGACCGGCUCCUCGUCUUGGCGCAGGAGCGCGACAAAACGACGGAAAAUGAGCACCUGAAGGAGGAGAUCCAACAAAUGCGGUGCAAGAUCGAAAAGCUGACGCGCGGCACAGCAGGCAGCCUCGCCGACGCGAGCAGCUCAGGCCCGAGGAGCGCAAACGACGUCGCUGACCAGCUCGCGAAGGUCCAGCGUGAAAUCGACCGCCACCGCGCCAUGGGGCGGCAGCUUGGCAACACGACGCAAGAGCUCCGCGUCUCGCGCAUGUCUUUGAUGCAGUCUCAAUCGCACCUUUUGGAGUCCCAGAAGCUCGUGGAGGAGCAGCGCGUCGAGAUUCAGCGACUUUACAAAGUUAUUGAGGCGCUGAAUCGCGAGAAGUCCCUCGUGCCACCCGUCGUCGUCGCGCCGGCGAACGCGCUGGCAGUACGACGCACUCAGGAGCAACUUGAUUCGCUGUCUACUCAGGUUCAGAUGAUUCUUGCGAGGACUGAGCAAGCAGGAUCAGUUGCAGACAAAUCGAAAAGCCGAGGCUCGAGCGCGGUCAGCCUCCGCAUGUUUGAAGAACAGAAAACGCUGCUGGCCAAGGUGUUGGAGGCUCUCGAACAACUCGCAUCGACGCGCCUCGCGGAGGAGAAGUCGAAACGCUGGGACUUGGAAAAGAACGUUUUCUUCGCAGCCAUGGUAUUGCACGCGCAGACUGAGGAGCCUGAGGACUUUCCUCUGUACAGAGAGAGACUCGUGGCUGUGAAGGCAGCGACGCUCGCGAUUUUCGAAGAUCCUGCGGACGAGGAGCCACUGGUGGUGCUGCGCUCGCACAAGGUGUUGAACGUCCGCCAGGACACCGACGAUUUAGUCUUCGAGAUCGAGUACGAGGUGCAGCAGGGCAUCGUCGAAUACCACUACCUGCGCUGCGAAGAGGACGAAGACAUGGAAAAGUGGCUGUACGCGUUGCUCUACGCGGGCGUCAUGAAGAAGAAUUUGGUCGACGGCGUGGGGGGGCCUGCGCAUGCGGAAGUCGUCGACACCGAGAACACAGUCACCUACAUCGCUCCCUCGGGAAAGGCCCCCGGCGGCAAAGACAUCCCGUUCGCCCAGCAACACGCUGUCCUCGAGUACGACGCGGAGCUCAACAUGAUCACCUGCGAAGUUAAAGACAACCCUGACGCGAGGCUGCGCAUUCCGUGCAGCAACGUGACGUAUUGCGAAGACCCCGAAAAACUGGCUUUUUCCUUCCGAGUGGAGCCGGAGGGGAAGGACGUUUACAUCAUUCAAGCGCGAGAAGACAACUUUGAUCACAUUGCCGAGGUGAUUCAGCAGGGAGACUACUGCAAGGCGCCUAAGGUGCCUGCGUCUCCGUCGAAGAAGGCCGUGACGGAGAAGCGCGCGGGUCCAGGGGCGCCGAAGAAGAAAGCCGCGCCGCCUGCCGCGAAGCCGAAAGGCGCGCCGCCGCCUGAAGAGGAGAACGAGCAAUUCAUCGUGCGCGACGGGUACCUGAUGCUCUUCCAAGCCGGCGAGAAGACGCCUCUUCUGAAGCUGUUCCAUCAGGACUGCAUCACGAUUCCGAAUGACUCCGAACGUGAAUUCGUCAUCCGCCACAUGCCUGGAACGCCCGAUGAGGAGACUUACGUCUUUGGAUUCUUGACCGACGAGAUUUACAAAGGGUGGUAUCAGAAGCUGAAAGACAACGGCUUCCUGGAUCGCAAGGAGGACGGCUCCGUGCAAAUGAACCAAGUCGGAGUCGUUUCGAAGAACGUGCUGGAGCUGUAUCGCUACUACGGGACGCCGGGAGCGAAACCCGUACUCGAGAUGCGCGCCGACCGCUGCAAGGCGACGGCGAGCCGAGAGAGAAGAGAAAUUCUCAUCAUCCACACGACACCGUCAGGGAAGCGCGAGCGUAUCACUCUCGAUUGCGCGACUGUGGCUGAAUUCGAUCGGUGGAAUGUCGCCUUGGAGUUCGGCGGGUUCCUCCAGGGACAGGGCGACGCAAACCCGAAGCGCAACUUCGCGAACCUCAGCAAAUACGUCUUUCCCGUCAAUCUGUUCGAAGACGAUACCGGCGAGCGGCGGAUGGCGCUUGUCAUCAAGAGUCGGGUGAUUCAGCUUUUCCCUUCGCCGGACGCGCAAGAGCCGAUCAUGAGCAUUCCGGCGGACAUCGCUCAGGUGCAGAAUUUCAUCGCGCAACGAAAGCUCCGCAUUUACGUCAAUCGCGACACAGACCGCGAAGAGCGCGUGGAUUUCAUUCUUUCUCUCGCGAAAGACUACGAUCGAUACGCGUCAGAAUUGUCGCGGCAGCAGUUUCCAGUUGCAGCGGAUAAAUCCAGAGGGGGGAGCAGGAAACCGUUUAUCCUCUCGAAAAAGUCGCUUCUGGCUCUAUACAAAAACAAAUACCAAAAAUCGCCCGAGUUUGUGAUUGAGAAAGACAUGUAUGAAGCGGAUAUCUCUUCGCGCGUCAUCAUCUUCAAGCCCUCCUCAAGCGUGCCGGCAGCGAAGGUUGGCAACUACCCGGUGCGCACAGUGAGCGUCCCUUCCGACGAGCAAAUGACCAAGUGGGACUUCUGCCUGCGUUUGGUCGGGUUCCGCGCCUUCUCCGAGAAACCGCCGCCGAAAUUUUUCUUUCCUCAGAUCAUCUACGGCUUUGUCGCUGAAGAAGGUGCUGAGCUGAGGACCGGCGCCAACUUCUUCCGAGGCUUUCUGGGGGCGGGAGCGAGGGGAAACCCGCUCCAGGCUGGGAUGAAACGUUUGCGUUUGCGUCGCGCGUGGAGCCGCGCUCGCCAGCACGACGGAGCUGUUAGUGAAGUGCCUUUAAGCAUGCACGCGGGUCUCGAGGUGCUGAUUUCUGCCGAGGCGCUGCACAAUUUUUUUGUGGCCGUCCUUGUUUUCUCUCUACUGUCGCGUGUGCUGCUGCAGUUCGACGAUGUGUCUUCCGCCAACGCCGUCUGA